CAAAACCUCCUUCCGAAAUCCCUCUCUCGAAUUCUACAUCCCACAAUUUCUUCGACAUCUAUCUCCGAAAUUUUCCUCUAAACUUCUUUGCGUAUCGGAUAUUUCGUUUAUUUCAUACCAGAUCGGAACAUGGAUCUCGGCUGCUUGGACUUGUGCUGCGUCUCUGUGUCAGACAAGCAAGGCACUGAGGCUACCCUUUGCAGUUCGGAGAGCAGAGAAGACAGUAUGAGCGAGAACUCCACGGCGAGCUCGAAGAUCGGCAAGAAUAAAUCGCCAAAAGAGACUGCGCAAUCAACAUCGAAUAUUCUUAACAAAUUUACAUCACAAAUCAAGAAGCCUUCUCACCGCAAAAGUUCUCCUCUCAACUGGUUCCCGCGCAAAAAAGUGGACUCGUACUUAAAAAGAAAAAUAAAAAUGCUGCAGGAAGUGGACGGCAUGAAUUUGACACUUGAUGAGACUUUAGGUGAUGCUAAUCCACAUUACUCAAGAGUUCUGAGAGAAAAGAUGGCAGCAAGAGAAGCUGCACACAAGGCAAUGGAGGCUCGAAAGGCUGCUCUGGUGGAAGCAUCUUGGUGUCGAAUACUACGAGCAGCCAGGAUCCAGAGCAAAGAGGCAGAAGACCAGUUGAUGAAAGCAGAGAAGUCAGCAGCUGCAGCUUUUGAAGCAGCCACAUCCAUAGGAGUUACCAUGUAUGACAUACCAAAUUGCCCUAAGAAGCCUUGUCAAAUAGAGACAUCCUCUGUUAAUGGAGGAGGAUCUGCUACACAUAAAGUUACAGCAUCUUUUGAAACUGCAUUUGAGGUAGAUAUAGAAGUAGCUGCAGCAGUCAAAACUGCAUUAAUUAGGCUUGCAAAUUGUGCUACUUUUAAUAAAGACGAAUUUGAAGAACUGCUGCGAAAAAUCAAUCAGAACCCAGAUACAGGUGAAAAUAAUCAGGAAUUAUCGGAGUUUUCUUCGGAAUGUGAAUCAGAGUCUGGGUCAGAACUUGAAACUUCAUCUGUAGACUUUGACUGUAAGCUGCAAGGUCCAGAGACGAGACAGAGGAAAAACAGGAAAAGGCUCUCCUUUGAAAGGUAUAAUAAAACAAAGCUCGUGGAGAUGAUGCUUGAGAGGCUCAGAUGUUUGCAAGAAGAUGAACUUUCUGCUCUUGCCACUAUAGUUGCAACUUGUGGUUUAAAUGCUGCCUUGGCUGAAGUUACAAAUAGCAAGGCGCACGAUCCAAGUGAUUAUAGCUCCAAUCCAGCACCUAAUUUUUCACGAAGAAUUUCUUCUAUGGGAGCAGGAAACCUUGAGAUUUCCAUGGAUGCCCAUAAAAGGAAGCAAGUUGAGUCAGAACUCCCAAGUCUUGACAAGUUUUUGGUUAAGCGCAUGACGAAACUUGAAAAAGAGGUAUGGGAAGCAAAAAAUAGCAGAAAGAAUGAGUCCGGAGAAGGAACUGGGAAGAAUUCUGAUAGAACUGCUGUUGGCGAGGUCAAUUUAGAUAAUGAUGUAGCUUCAUCAGAGACCAUUCCAGACUUGGGGAGUAUUCUUUUAAAGCAUUCUAGUAAGUUUGAGAAAGAGAUUGAAGACGCAAAGAAGAAGUCAGGAAGAGAUUUUGAAACUGAUUAUAAGAAGUUGCACAAUGAUAGAACUUCAUCUGAAGCUGUUCCUGAUCUAGGAACGAUACUAAUUAAGCACUGUUCAAGACUUGAAAAGGAAAUUAAAGAGACCAAAAGGAAUAAUGGGAAAGCAUUUGAGAUGAAUGGCAAAAAAUUGGGAAGAGUGCAAAAUGGGGCCGUUGGUCACACAGAAGAAGACGUUCCGGAAGUCCCCAGCUUAGAUAAGUUCCUAGUGAAACGUGUCUCGAGACUUGAAAAGGAGGUCCAAGAAGCAAAGAACAGAAGAAAAAAUGAACCACGUAAAGGGGGCAGGGUCACUAACAUGAAGACAAAAUUUGAUUCAAUUGCUUCAGAUGCACAACUGGACAAAAUUGCAUAUUCUGAUGGAGGAGUAGAGCAAAAAGAAAACAUCGACUCAAAUAAUAAAAUGUCUGCAGUUUCCAAGAUGGAGCAAAAGGAAUGUACUGGAGAUACAGGUGAGUCUCCAUUGCAGAUUGGACAGGUGAAUUUGAAUGCUGGAGAAUCACUUCGGCUUCAAGAUGUGAAGACUGAAACUGAAGAGAGAGAAGAAGAUAGCCUAGACAAGAUCUUGGUCAAGUCAUUGCACAAGUUGGAAGGGGAAAAAAUACAGACCUUGUCAUUGGGAAGCAAUUAUGGAAGUCAUCGCCACCAAAAGAAACAGGCAGGAAACAGUGUUACAGACUGUGAGAGCUUGGACAAAAUUUUAGUAAAGCAUGUUUCCAGACUGGAGAAAGAGAAAAUGAGGUUCAGCUCAAAGGACGACGUAGUGAAGGUGAAGUCAAGUGAAACGAAAGCGCAAUCGCACAUGAAUCAAGAAGGUGGUCUGGACCAAAUUUUGGUUAAACAUAAAUCAAGACUUGAGAGAGAAAAGCUAACUGCAGCUCAGCAACCAGAUGACCAGAUUAGGCUCCCUGCGGCUCGUAGAGAAGGAAGGGAGAGAGAGUUACAAGAAGCAUGGGGAGGCUUAAGUUUAGGGAACUCCAUGAAGCCCCAUCUCUCGAAACUGGAAGAAGUGAAUGUGACGUCAAGUGAAACGAAAGUGCAAUCGCACAUGAAUCAAGAAGGUGGUCUGGAAAAGCUAACUGCAGCUCCGCAGCCAGAUGGCCAGAUAAGGCUCUCUGUGUCUCGUAGACAAGCAAGGGAGAGAGAGUUACAAGAAGCAUGGGGUGGCUUAAGUUUAGGGAACUCCAUGAAGCCCCAUCUCUCGAAACUGGAACAAGAUAAGGCUGCUUGGAGAAAAGCUGAGGACGAGGAAAGGAGAGCUAUCAAGGACAUAACUGUUUUAUAAGAACGGAUAGGAUAUGGAGCUGGAAGAGAACCCUUGCUUGAAAUUAUGAGUGUUUUGCCUCUUAAGUCACCCUUUCUAUGGUAAGAUAUAGGCAGGGUGAUUUGCUUCAUAAGAGACAUAUGCAUGUGAUACUUUCACUGUUAUGAUUAGAAAU